GUGCUUCCAGUGGGCGAGCUGGCCUUCGCGCGCGCGGGCGACGCGAUCGCGCUUGUUUUUUUCUUUCGCGGGGGCCCUCGCUGUUUGCAGUUGGAGCCGUGCGAGGUGGAUGCUGCAAGUGUAGCCGGGGCUUUCGCGAACUCCAUGGAG